GUCCCUCCAUCCGACCUGGAGCGACAUGAUACGUUCAAGUCCGCGGGACGGAAGGCUUCCCUGGAUGACCAUGACACUAACAAGUUGGGUGCCUUUGCAUCUGCUCCAGGCGUAGUCGAAGAUGUAGUCAGAGUGGUUGAUCACAAGGCUGAACGAGCCUUGUGUCGACGGUUUGACCUGCGAUUGCUUCCUAUCUUGGCCGUUAUGUAUCUGUUCAAUGCUUUGGAUAAAGGAAACUUGGGAAAUGCCGAGACGGAUGGAAUGAGCGAAGAUCUCAACUUCAAACCGAACGAAUACAACCUCCUCUUGUCUAUCUUCUUCGUCCCAUAUGUCAUUUUUGCGCCCCCGUUCGCGAUGUUGGGCAAACGAUACAGUCCUGCCAGAGUGCUACCCGUUCUCAUGUUCAGCUUUGGCUCUUUCACUCUCCUCUCGUCUGCGACCAAGAAUUUUGGUGGGAUGUUCGCACUCCGGUGGUUCCUAGGAAUGUCCGAGGCGGCAUUUUUCCCGCUGGUGAUCUACUACCUGACGACCUUUUACCGUCGCGGCGAGCUUGCCAGACGCCUAGCGAUCUUCUACGCGGCGUCCAAUAUCGCCAAUGCCUUCUCCGGCUUGAUCGCAUUCGGCGUGUUCCAAAUCAAAAAUUCCACCAUUCCCAACUGGCGCUAUCUCUUCAUCAUCGAGGGCAGCGUCACGGUACUCUUCUCGAUAUUUGCAUUCUGGUAUCUGCCCCGCAGCGCAGCGCAAGCCAAGUUUCUCUCCGAGGACGAGAAAGCCCUUGCCCUGCAUCGCAUCCAGGUCGAUUCCAGCGCGGUAGUGAACGAAGAAUUCCGCCUCCGCGACGCCCUAGGCAUCUUCAAGCACUUCAGCACUUACGCGUUUCUGGGGAUUGAAAUCUGCCUCGGAGUCCCCAUCCAGGGUGUCGCCCUGUUCUUGCCCCAGAUUGUCCAGCGACUCGGCUACAGCACCGUCAAGACAAACCUCUACACAGUCGCGCCCAACGUCACCGGCGCCGUCAUGCUCCUGAUCCUGGCGUUCUGCUCCGACGCAGCCCGUCUCCGCUCGCCUUUCAUCGUACUCGGCUUUCUGCUCACCUUUGCCGGGUUCAUGAUCUACGCGUCCAUCGACGACGUCCAGGCUCAGAUCCGCGUCGCGUAUUUCGCGACUUUCAUGAUGACAUGGGGUACUUCCGCCCCGUCUGUGCUACUGAGUACAUGGUACAACAAUAACAUCGCGCACGAAGGUCGUCGCGUGCUGCUGACCAGCAUUGGCGUGCCGCUGGCCAAUCUGAUGGGUCUGGUGAGCAGCAAUGUCUUUCGCAGCCAGGAUAAGCCCAAGUACAUGCCGGCAUUGAUCACGGUCGGGGCGUUCGGGGCCACUGGCGCCGCGUUGGCCGGGUGCUUGGGGGCUUACAUGUGGUUUGAUAAUAAGAGGCGCGACCGCCGGGAUGGAGUCACGAUCCGCGCGCAGGAUGUGCCCACCGAGCGGUUGAGGGAUGGCCCAGCGAGUCGGGAGUUCCGGUGGUUUCUUUGA